AUGUCGCAAGGAAACAGCACGAGCUCCCCCGGGCUAGAUGCGGGCCUGUGCGGAAGCCCGAAAACGGGCGAGUUUGUCACGCGCGGCCGGCACGCACUGAUCACGUUCGGCACGGACGCCUCGCUCACCAAGAGGGGCUUCGAGUUCACCUACCUCUCAGCAGCAGACACAUCUGGAACCGGAUGCAGCAGCGAAUACACACUUACGGCGUCCGAGCAGGCACAGUUUUUGACGUCACAGAAUUUUCCAGCGUUCUAUAGCAGAAACAGUUUCUGUCGCUGGGAGAUCGUCCCCUCGUCGGCGCAGUCCGCCGUCAGUGUCAAGGUGACGUUCGCCGACAUAGAGGCCGACGACAAUUGUCGCUACGACAAAAUGGAAAUAUAUGACGACAGUGCAUAA